AUGAAGGACCUCAAGGUGAUAGUUGUUGGAGGAGGGAUCGGUGGCCUGUCGACGGCUCUGGCUCUUGCGACAGAUGGCCACCAGAUUACUGUCCUCGAAGGGGUCAAAGAAUUCCUAGGGGUUGGUGCUGGCAUCCGGGUUCCCCCAAACUCAUCGCGUCUCAGCCGGAGCUGGGGCGUCGAUUUCAGCAAGAUCAAGAGACAAACCGCUCGUGGGCUGCGAUUCCUUGACUGGACGGGCAAAGUGCUGCUCGACGUCGACUACAAUGACGUGGAGGCCAAGUAUGGAGCGCCGUACUACUUCCUCCACCGGGCGGACGUGAUCGAUAUAUUCGUCAGGACCGCCUCCCAACACAACAACAUCACCCUGCGGAUGGACAGCAAGGUGCGGGACUACGACUUUGAAGCCCCGGCCGUGACACUGGCGAGUGGUGAACGCCUUACAGCAGACCUUAUCAUCUGUGCCGAUGGGAUCAAGUCCGCGGUCAGGAACACCAUCAACGGCUCCCCGAUCGAGCCUCAAGACACGGGCGAUGUGGCAUACCGGGUCAUCGUACCGGCCGAACGGCUUCGAAAUGAUCCAGACUUGCGCCCUCUGCUGGAAAGUGGCUUGGCCAUGCACUGGCUCGGACCGGAGGCGCACGCAGUCGGCUACCCCCUCCGUGACGGCGAGCUCUACAACAUCAUCAUCGACAUAACACACCACACCGAUGUAGGCCGCCCGAUUGGCGACGAGGAAUGGCGCUCCCAGGCCGACAACACGGAGCUCGUCCAGCGCUUUGCCGACUGGUGCCCGCCUGUGCGGAAACUGUGUGGCCUCACAGACUCUUACCUCAAAUGGAAACUCGCCGACUUUGACCACCUGCAGAGGUGGGUCCAUCCCAGCGGCAAGGUCGCCAUCCUGGGAGACGCAUGCCAUCCGAUGAUGCCAUAUUUGGCUCAAGGCGCGGCUCAGGCAACCGAGGAUGCUGCCACCUUACAAGCAGCUCUUCGAGAGCAUGAGGACCUCCACGACGCGCUCCACGCCUACCAGACGCAAAGAUUACCCCGAUCGACUCACGUGGCGAAGAAUACACGAAUCCUCCAGGCGUGGUGGCAUCUGUACGACGGUCCAGAAAGAGACCGGCGAGACCAGCUGAUCAGACAAGAUAACCUGGAUAACCCCUUCUUCUGGGCCAACUCGACCAGGCUCGACUGGUUGUUCGGCCACGAUGCAACGAAACUGAUGAAUGAGGACGAGUUGCGGCCGCCCAAGCUGGCUCCAAUGCCCGUUGAUGAGGCCCUCGUCUACAAUAUCGCGGACAGUGAUCUCCGAAGGAAGUUUCAAAGCAUGAGGCGGUGGUGA